AUGCCUCCCAAGAAGAAGAAGCCUGCGACGGGGCUGGCACCCUCCAUACCAUCAAAGCGCACGAAGCGAAUGCCUGCUGAAAGCACUGCCGCGGCGUCGUCGUCCACCCCCCCGUCGACAUGUCGUCUCGAUGCCUCGUUCUUCCCCGACAUUGUGGACACCAUCUUUAAUGCGGCUUCCUUCUCAGCUCUACUUCGUCUACGGGACUGUUCGAGGGACUUCCGUGACGCUGCCGACCGCCGACUCGCUCACCAUGCAGUGCUGGCGAGGGAGGCAAGUGCUACUCAAAACCAAUUUCGUCCGCGCAUAAUUGUUAAGGCUCCGCUCCACGGCCAUGCCCUUCGUUCCCGAACUCGACCAGCCCACCCAGCACAAGAACAACGUCCACCUCAACCACCUCAACCAGUUCAACCAGCAACGCUCGAAUCGUUUGAGGGCGACAACGUCUUGCUUCCGUUGGGUGUGGGUGUUCCCCGGUGCUCGCCGUUUGGAGACCUCUGGAACAAGUCGCAUCUCCUGCCCGACGCCACCUCCCUCGGCAAAGAGGACAACAACAAUGUCGCAGACAAGGGCGGCCACAUCAACAUCGACGGCUAUCUUGACAGCCUGCAACGCAUCAAGGUUCUCGACCUCAAGGGCCCCGUCUCUGGCGGCCAUAUGGCACACAUUGUCCAAUUCGCAGUUUCUCUCCACACUGUUCGUUACAUCUUCCCUAGCUGCAACAUUGGAGACGGACUGUGGUUUCCCAAGCCCCUCAAGAUCCCAGGCAUCGUCUUUGACGUUUCAAACCUAGUCAUGUUUCUGGGCCACAGCGGCUCUCCGUGGAUGAUCGAGACCUUGCCACGGAACCAAGCCAUGGCGGCGACCAACGUGAUCAUCAACUACGAGUACACGCAUGGAGACACAUACCUGACUCCAUUCCAAGCUCCAAACUGGCCUGCACUCCGCAAUGUGGUCGUCAUCUUUUUUGCCAGGCCCGGUCAACGUGCCGCGCGUGCUGCUGGCCUCAAUGCCAACGUGCUCGCCAGCUUUGUCGACCUGAUCGCCCCCAACCCCAAGUCUCUGGUCAACUACACGUUUGUCGGCCUCGAAAGCACGAGAGCAGAGUGCUUCGGCCUGCCACCAUACACGGACAGCAAGACUGGUGUCCUGGACCUGUUUACCGCCAAGCGCGCGACGGCUUGGAAGUUUCGUUCGGCAAAGCCCGACUUGGCCUUUAACAAUGUGAAGUUCCUCACUGUGCACGAGUACAAGAACAGCUUGAACGAGGAAACUGCCGCGCUUCACUUUGGAUACGAGAAUAUCCUUGACUGCUAA